CUGAUUCCAUGGGGGUUUACUGGACUACAGUGGAUCAGCAGACUUGGCCCAUAGCUUCACUGGUUGUUGUUUUUCAACGGAGCCCUGUUGGAUUGGCUCUUAAGUGUUUUAACAGCCAUAUAAAUUUAUCUUCAGCCACUUGCUCAGCUCUUAUUAAGAAAUGCCUUCAGCCUGGCUUCAUACUAUCGAUUUGCAAACAUUUGCUUUGUGAUUACAUAAUAGGGAAACAGCUAGGGGGUCAUUGAAUGGAUCAGAAAGGGAAGGGAAGACAAAUGGGAAGAGGAAGUAAAAGAGAAAGAUGAAUGAGGAAAGGAAUGAGAGCCAGUGUGCUGUAGUGGUUAGAGCAGGUACCCCCAAACUUCAGCCCUCCAGAUGUUUUGGACUACAAUUCGCAUCUUCCCCGACCACUGGUCCUGUUAGCUAGGAAUCAUGGGAGUUGUAGGCCAAAACAUCUGGAGGGCCACAGUUUGGGGAUGCCUGGUUAGAGUGUUGGACUAGGAGCUGGGAGGCCAGGGUUCCAAUCCCCACUUGGCCAUGAAGCUGAUUGGGUGACCUUGGUCCAGUGGCUGCAUCUCAGACUAAUCUACCUCACAGGGUUGUUGUGGGGAUUAAAUACAGAGCGGAGAAGACUGUGCACCUUGAGCUCCUUGGAGGAAAUGGUGGGCUAGAAAUGCAAUGAAUUAAAUUAACGAAGUGUCCCAGACAGUUUAAACUCCCCCCCCCCCCGCAUCUGCAAUCAGAUGGGAGAAAGGGAGGGGAUUCCCCUCUGCUAGCUAGCGGAAAGCUUUCCUUCUCCCUGACAUUUCCAGUAGUCUGAGAAGGAGAACGUGGAGGUGGAAGAAACCAGGACUGGGGGGGGGAGAGAGACGCGGAUAGGGGGGCUUAGAGAAACAAAAGGAAACCAGCUGCAGAACUUCCUGGAUAGGGAAAGAGAGAGGGAGAGCGCGCUCACUAUCUAACGAGAUUAUUAAAAAGCAGGGAGAGAAGGGAGAAGGAGGAGGAGGAGGCUUUCCGCGCAGGCAGGAGUUCAGCGCCUGCCCCGGGUUCAUUUCCCCAACCAUGACCAGCGCGAUCCUGAGGCGGAAUUCCAGCAAGCAGGGCUUGCAGAACCUCAUAAGGCUGACGGCACAAUGGAGUGUGGAGGACGAGGAGGAAGCAGCCAGAGAGCGGCGCCGAAGGGAGCGUGAGAGACAGCUGAGGUCCCAGGUGGAAGAAGGUCCGACCACCACCAGCACUUCUUCAGAGAGCGGAGUGGCAGCGCAAGAAAGCCGGAUUGAUGGUAAGCCUUCUGGGACUACAGAAUUGGAAGAGGAUGAAGGCUUUAGCGAUUGGUCUCAGAAACUUGAGCAGCGCAAGCAGAGAUGGGCAGGGGAAGGAGUGCCAGAAGCAGAGCAGACAUGCCAGGGCGACUGGAGAGAAGCCCAGCCGACGGCGCCUGUAUGCUGUGAAGAAAGUCCUAGGUCACCAAGGCAUUCCUAUGAGGAAGAAGAAGGCAAUCUCAUGGAAGCAGAAGCCAAGCUAGGGCAGAUUCACCUGGAUCAGGAGACUCCCAUCUUCAUCCGGUUUGCACCUGGGCCUUCGAACUUCCUCAAGUUUUCCUCUGGUUCCAUCUCACAAGAUCAGCUUGAGGCAGAAGCAGAGCUGGAUCAGCAGCAAAAGCUUAACGAAGAUGUGGGUAUCAGAGAAGAGAAUCAGGAUGUCGGAGAGGAGCUCCAAGAUGUUGAAGAGGAGCCACACCAUGUCGCAGAAGAGAAUCAGCAUGAAGAAGAAGAAAAAUUGCAAGAGGAGAAGAAGAGGAGGAGGAAUGAGGAGGAAGAGGCACCAGAAAAACGGCAACGAACUCCAAGCACUUCCAGCCAAGAGGAAGAGUCUCAGCCUCCUUCAAGCCCUACAGUAAAGAUCACUGAAAGAACUGAAUCCCUGAACCGCUCCAUACAGAAAAGUAACAGUGUGAAGAAGACACAGCCACCUCUUCCAGUUUCAAAGAUUGAUGACAAACUUGAGCAGUACACUCAUGCCAUUGAGACGUCCAUCAAGUCUCCGAAGCCAGUGCGUCAGCUUUCCAUUGACCUUCCUUCCACUAGUGCUGCAGUGGCCAGCACGAAAAACCUCUGGGAGACGGGGGAAGUGGCUCAAACUUCUGUGAAGGCAACCCCCUGUAAGGACAUUGUGGCUGGAGACAUUGUGAAUAAGAGAAGCCUGUGGGAGCAGAAAGAGAGCCCAAGGACAGAUGAAAAUGCCAAGCUUCCUCACAAGCUUCCUGGCAAGAAGUACAAGUACGUGGCAACAGGGCACGGCCAAUACAAAAAGGUCUUGAUAGAAGAUGGGGCAACAGAAAAAUAGCCUGCUUUGGCACCAAAACACACAGGUGGGCUUGCUCCAUGAUUGAUGGACACCUGAGGCAAUACUUCUAUGCAGUGCUGAUGUUCCCCCUGCUAAAAAGGAACUGUGUUCAAAGGAUGACUUCACGUCCCAGCUCAAAUCCGGCAGCCUGCUUCAAAACCCAGCUACUGAUUUCUUCACAGAUGGGAGCAUCUCUCCAAGUUUGACUUCAUUUAGACUUGGACACAGCUUCAACUCAAGUGGCAAUAAUCUAGUUGUUUUUUUUAAAAAAAAGCUAUCUCUAGAUCAGUUUUUCAUUCUUUUUUGGGAAAUUAACUCGCGUGCUGUUCUGUGCCCUUCUAAUUUCUUAAUUUAGUAGAAAGAGAGGUUUGUCUACUUCUCCUGGCCAAGCCUAGAACCUAUCUUAAUAACCAAGGAGGAACGUUUAAUUUUCCUUAACUACUUUGGAGUUGUGAGCAAGAAAGUGAAAGCAGUAGGAAAACGUAGGAGUUUAUGGCUGAGUCUAAGGAUCUUUCUACCACCUAAGCCUUCAAAAUGGCAAGGCAUACCAGUGUCUCACCUCUUGACUAACAUGGAUGUUUUGGAUGGUGUGUCACUGUUCUAAACUUCUUAAAUAAGAGGCAGAUAGUAUACAACUAUAGAUUCAUUAUGUUUUAGUCACAUUGAUCCAUUCUACUUGCAAUCCAUCCAUAGUUUUUUCUUGUCUUUAUUCAAGCAAGUUAGGUAAGGUUUAUACCUUGUGGCUGAUGCUCUCAUUGAGAUACAUAUCAUGAAGUAUGUGAUGGUUCUUCUCUCCCUUUUCUUUUGGGCAAUUAUCCCGUGGCUAAAAAGCACUUCAGGAAAUAUUUCCCCAAAAGUGCCUGCCUGACUCUCAAUGAAGAGCUAAUUCUCUAUUUCCAUUGAUUUUUCCCUCCUUCAUGCACACAAAUCCUGCAUCUUCCUUCUCUUUCUUGGUCAUAUGCUUUCCUUCUGUAAGGUGUAAGCUUCAAGAUGAGCACUAGGUACGGGUUUGAGAGAUGAUACAGGAUGCAAUCUUGAGCAUGAAUUGGUGCCCAUUGCACCUAGGAGGCCUCUUCCCCCUCACACCUGAACCAUUCCUGCCUUGAGGGGGGGGCAUGGUAGUAGUUCUGGCAAAGUUACCAGAUUGGUGUAUCGGUUGGGAUGAAGGCCUGCUCCCAGAAGACAGCCAAAUGGGCACUCAGAGGACCCAUGGCUGCUAAUACUUUGCAAGGAGUGCCUGACUUGGUGCAAAGGGCGCCACACCUUGCAGUAUAAAUGCAUCUCUUAGCUUGCCAACUUCAAACAC